AGCAAACGCAGCAAUGUGGGAGGAGGGGCGUGGAAAGGGUAACGAGCACGAGCAAAAUCAAACGAAACCCAGCAAAAACCCUGCUCCCCCAUCAGGCCCCAUAACCCACUCCUCCCCCUCCCUCCGCUCCCGCGCCGCCACACGACUGGGGGCACGAGCGCGAGCACGGCCAUGGCGCGCAUCGUGUCGCGCGCGCUCCCGCUCGCCUCGCGCUCGCCCCUGCACCUCCCCGGCGCGGCGCUGCUCCGUUCCGCGGCCGCUGCGCUGGCCCUACCCCCCGAGGCACCCGCGGCCUCGCUGCUCUCCUGGCGCGGGCUCACGGCCACCCACGAGCCCUCGCUAGCGGCGACGCCGCCGUUCGCGGGGUUUCUCGCUGGAAUCCGCGGGUUGCGCAAGUUACGGCGCGGACAGACGGCGGCGAAACGGCCGCAGCCUCAGGAUUCCGCGCCGCCGCCUCCCCCUCCACCGCCCAAGGAGAGCGAGAUCGAGCUCAUCGCUCGCAUCGGUGUCGAGGAGGACAUGCCCGACGACGCAGAAGUUCUGAAUAUUGUAGAAAUCCUAAAGUUAAAUGUUCCGAUGGUGAUGAAAAUUGCGCUUGAUGGACUUGUGGAUUCAAACUACAGCACGCGAGAUACCUCAAUAAGUGAUGUUGGAAAGUAUGAUAAGGUUGAGGUUUCUGUAUUGCUAUGCAAUGAUAACUUCAUUCAGAAUCUUAGCAAAGAAUGGAGAGGCGAGGACUGCACUACUGAUAUGCUCUCCAUGUCACAGUACAUUCCAGAUCUUGAUGUUCCCAUUCUAAUGUUAGGUGACAUAGUUAUAUCCGUUGAGACUGCUUCAAGGCAAGCUGAGGAGAAAGGUGUUACGCUUCUUGAUGAAGUGCGGUUGCUAGUGGUUCGUGGAAUAUUACAUCUUCUUGGUUUUCAUCACGAGGCAAGUAAUGAGGCUGCCAUGGAUUUGGAGAAGGAGGAGCAACUCAUUUUAAAGAGUCUAAGGUGGAAAGGAAAAGGUCUAGCUAAGGGUUCUCAGGAUCCAAGCAAGCUUCAAACAGAUUCAUUUGAUGGGCAAGUGACAAAUAGUCAAAAGAAAGCUGUCACCCUAAGAUUUUACAGACCAAAGUUCAAAUAUAUUUUUUGCGAUAUGGAUGGUACACUGCUCAACAGUAAAAGUCAAAUUACAGCAAGGAACGCAGAAGCUCUAAGGGAAGCUAGGUCAAGAGGAGUAAACAUAGUUAUUGCUACAGGAAAGGCACGUCCUGCUGUAAUUGAUGUUCUUAGUAUGGCAGACUUAUCUGGAAGAACUGGCAUUGUCUCGGAAUGGUCGCCUGGUGUAUUCCUUCAGGAUCAUCGAAGCGGGACUGUUAUUGGGACUGGCCAUCGCCGUAGAGGUUCCUCCAACCUCUACAUUUUGGACACCUUGAGUCUUUCCUCUUCCGCUGGCUCUACUGCUCAUGUGUCGACCGUUGCAUUAUCUGCCUCAUCCUUCGCCAAGUGGCAUCAUCGUCUAGGUCAUCUAUGUGGGUCUCGCUUGUCGACCUUAAUAACUAGUGGUUGUCUAGGUCAAACAUCUAUUGAUUCUAGCUUUCAGUGUAAGGGGUGUAAACUUGGCAAACAGAUACAACUUCCAUAUUACUCUAGUACAUCUCAUUCAGCUAGACCUUUUGAUCUUAUUCAUUCAGAUGUAUGGGGUCCUGCACCCUUUGCCACCAAGGGUGGUCAUAAAUAUUAUGUUAUUUUUAUUGAUGGUCACUCUCGGUAUACUUGGAUUUAUUUUAUGAAACAUCGUUCCGAGUUGUGUGCCAUUUACCUCUUGCUUGUAUGAUACAUACACAGUUUUCCACUCCCAUUAAAGUUUUUCGUUCUGACUCUGGUGGUGAGUACUUAUCUGGUGCUUUUCGCUAGUUUUUGGCCUCAGAGGGUACUCUUCCUCAACUUUCUUGUCCUGGUGCUCACGCUCAGAAUGGUGUUGCUGAGCGCAAGCAUCGCCAUCUCAUUGAGACUGCUCGAACCCUUUUGAUUUCGUCCUUUGUUCCUUCUCACUUUUGGGGUGAAGCGAUUCCACUGCAGUAUAUCUCAUAAAUAGACAACCAUCAUCCAAAUUGUCUGGAAAAUGUCCUGGUCAAGUGUUGUUUGGUACUUCACCUAGUUAUGACCAUCUUCGGGUUUUUGGAUGCACAUGUUAUGUCCUGCUUGCACCUCGUGAGCGGACUAAGUUGACUGCUUAGUCAGUUGAGUGUGUGUUUCUGGGGUACAGUCCCGAACAUAAGGGUUAUCAUUGUUAUGAUCCUUCCUCUCGCCGUAUACGUAUUUCACGAGAUGUGACUUUUGAUGAGAAUCGCCCUUUCUUUUAUAACUCCUCUGGUCACUCCUCAUAUUCCCCCAUAGAGUCUACCACUUUCAUGUGUCUUCCCCCACCAAUUCCACAGCCUCCAUGUCAGACACCAUCUCCACCUCCACCUCCACCUCCUCCUCCACCAUCAAAACCCCCUGUCACACAGGUUUACACUCGUCGUCCUAGAGUGCCUCCGUCUGAUCCUUCUUCGGCCAGUCCUAAUACUCCUGUUUUAGAUGAAUCUAACAAUAUUGAUGACUCAUGUUAUUUCUGAUGAGCCACAGGUUGGUCCAAGAUAUAAUUUACGAGAUCGUACAUCUAUUGAGCCUCCUGAUCGGUUGGGUUUUCCACGUGUGGGUGCUGUUCUUGCUGAACCAUCUACUUACAAUGAAGCUUCUGGUGCUAU